GGUAGCUUCCUGGUAUGCGUAAUGACUGUUUGCAGGCUAGAUUUGGGGGGUUGGCUACUCUGCAGAGCAGUUCUGCUGACUGCAGUAGAGAGGUACUACCUCAGUGCGUCAGCACAUUGAAAUGAAUGAAGAAGUAGCCGAUCAAUCAGUGUGACUGCAGAGAGAGAGACAGAAGUCUACAUACUUUCAAACCUUCAUCUUUUGAUUAGACGUCCUCACAUGUGUUAGCGGCCGGGAGCAAGAGCUCCGUAAGAUGUGAAGUGAUCCCCCUGCCCCCCGGUGCUUCAAAACAAGAUGAUUUUUCUGGUAACCUUCUGCCUCCUCUCCGUGAGCCGAGCGGACAACUUUGAGGCGGCGUACAGUGACCUGGAACACUACAGGACUAUAUACACCACAGAAAAUGGCCCCCGACUAUCAGUUAACACAACACAACCCACAGUGAUCUCUCAACGCGGAGGCAACGCCACACUGCCAUGCAAAUUCAACCGGGAUCCCUCAUCCCCCCCGAACCCUAAACUAAGAAUAAAAUGGACUAAACUUACUUCAGACUACCUGAAGGAAAUCGACGUGUUCGUAGCUAUGGGCUACCACAAAAAGAGCUACGGUCGCUUCCACGGCCGCGUACAUCUCAACGCUGCCGGUGAGAAUGACGCUUCGCUCGUCAUCAAUGACAUCACACUGGAGGACUAUGGGAAGUACAAGUGUGAGGUCAUUGAUGGCUUGGAAGAUGACACGGUGGUCGUGACUCUCGACCUUCAAGGCAUAUUGUUCCCAUAUUUUCCACGAUUGGGACGAUACAACCUGAACUACCAUGAUUCCGAGAAAGCUUGCACAGAGCAAGAUGCCAUCCUGGCAUCUCCCGAGCAGCUGUACGACGCCUGGAGAGAUGGGUUGGAUUGGUGCAAUGCAGGAUGGCUUAGUGACGGAUCAGUGCAGUACCCAAUCACCAAACCCAGAGAACCAUGUGGAGGCAGUAACACCGUUCCUGGCGUGAGGACUUAUGGGACGCGUAACAAGCAAAAAGAUGUAUAUGACGCCUUUUGUUUCACUUCACACUUCAAAGGCCGUUUCUACUACUUGAUACAGCCCUUCAAACUUACAUACAACGAGGCGGUUCAGGCGUGUCAGAAGGAUGGCGCUCAGAUCGCUAAAGUCGGCCAGAUGUACGCCGCAUGGAAGCUGCAGGGCUACGACCGCUGCGAUGCUGGCUGGCUGGCGGACGGUAGCGUGCGCUACCCGAUUUCACGUCCACGCCGACGUUGCAGCCCGACGGAGGCUGCUGUGCGUUUCUCUGGGUUCCCCGAUAAGAAGCAGAAACUCUAUGGCGUGUACUGCUACAAGGAAGAGCCAACCGUAUAACUCGCGAACUAAGUGUGAUGGUGUAAGGAGUUAGUUUGAGCGCAUUAAACUGUGACAAAAUCUCUAGAUACUGUACUACAGAAGGAUUUGAAGAUAACGUAAGUGAUUUGUGUUGGUUUGAAGUGAAAAGGUUCUGUAGGAUCAGGGACCUCAGGUGUCCUCUCAAAAGUCAAGACUUCACCACAGGACGCCAAACAGGACAAGAAAAUUAUUAAUACGUUGAUGCAAAAAUACCAGGGGUUGGAUUCACAAAUCAUUCUUAAGAAUUAAUAACUACAAAAAAGAAAUCCCCAACAAAAAUAGUUAAGUUCUUAUUUUUUCCUAAAUUGUAAUAAAAAAAGUUUAUAAUAAAUAACAAAUAUUUUUUAUCCCCCAACAUUUUUUUUUCUUUUUCUUAUACAUAACAUGUUUAAUAGGUUUAUUGGGUUGUGACACAUAGCAAAAUUAAGAAUUUUUUUAAAAGAUUUUUUUUUACAAAUAGUUACUCUUACUCUUAAUGUUUACUCUUAGAACUUAGAAAACAACCCACUUAGAAAACAUUCAAAACAUUGGAGAGGGUCACAAAUAUUAGGUGUGCUGAUUUAAGUAUUAGCUAUGUACUUUAUAUAGUAAUACCAUAACAUUUUAUUUUAUUUUCCUCUUCAAAAAAUGUAUUGUAAAAUUAAAUUGUUUAACUGCAAUAUCAUGCUUAUAUAUUCAAUGAAUGAUUGAAUGGUGCUAGAUAGUCUAAAAAAAGUUAUAUACGCUAAAGUCAAAAGCGUCUGCUAAAUGACAAAAUGUAAGUCUAUCACCAAAGUCUAUCAUAUUUCUCUUAAAGGUGCACUGUGUAACUUUUAGAAUCAUCUCUUGACAGAAAUGCAAUAUAAUAAACAUAACUAUAUUAUCAGUGGUGUAUAAAGAACUUACAUAAUGAACUGUAUUGUUUUUAUUACCUAAUGCAGCGUUCAAACCAGCCGUGGUAGAGAUGUCAAGCGCGAGUGAUUUCAAUGUCAAGUCAAUGUGAACAAGUGUUGACGCGCCCUGGAGGUCUCACGGUGCGAAUAAGGCGUUUAGCGCGCCUUAUUUGCGCGUCUAGUCCGCCCUAAUGCCGUGAAUUGAUAGUUGCCACAGGAAACGUUCGAGUUGAAAAUUUUUUCUUUUGGCAGAAAAACACGACGCGAUAACCAAUCAGGAACUUGCUCUAUUAGUGAUGUGAUUACAGAAAGCGAGCGGAGUCGCAGAAGCCCCUCCCAUGACGCGAAUUUCCACGUGAAUGUCUCUGACUAGAAUUUCACGUGCGGCAUUCAUGCGCAAAUGAAGUGAGUAAACUCAAAAUGUUCAAGCGGCAAACUAGACGCGAAUUUGAUGCCUCAAACGUGGCUGGUGUAAACCCAUCGUUAGAAUGAGCGUUUUUAUCGAAUAUACAUCGAGGGUCACCUUAAAUGAGAGUCGCCAUUUCGCGCCACUAACUGUAGCCCUAUUGGACAAAUGUUUAUAUAGAGUGUGUUUUGUCACUACGUUUCAGACAAUAACAUUGUUUGUCCUGUAGCGGCUACCAUAGCUUCACUAUGCGCUUCGAAAGGAAGGGGUGAGCUGUGGACUGAGCUGUUUGUUGCAAUUCACAUUCUCACCACUAGAUGCCGCUAAAUUUCUACACAGUGGACCUUUAAGAAAAAAUGUAAAACAUUUGAAAUAAAAAUUGAGAAAUUUUCAAGAACUGCACUUAAAAUUCUUUCGAACUCCUUAUCAUUUAUCUUAAGAGCGUUCUCUUUUUUCUCUUAAGAAUUUUUGUGAAUCUGCCCCCUAGUUUGAUUGAGGGAAGAGAUAUCUGGUUAGAUAUUGCAUUGGAGAUUCACUCUGUGCUGUUUCGUUUAGCAUGCAGUAGCUGAGGGAUGUCCUAAAAACUGAAUGACAGUAAAGCUUUAACACAUUAGACUGCUACCUACUUAGUUUAUCUGUUAAGAACAUCAUAGCCCAUUUAAACAGCAUGAUGAAAAAAUAUUUUCUGUUGACAGGAUUACAACAAAAUUCAAUGGAAGUGCUAAAUGCCACAAUUUAUCCUUUGCCAUCCUUACAGGGUGCUAUAAUUAUUAUAUUAAACAUGUACCUUUUAAAAUUUAGUUUGAAAAGAUUUUAUGUGGACCAAGCCAUGUUGAGUCUUACGUAAAUCAUAUUGUAGGAAAUAAGGAAAGAAAACUUAACUUUUGUAUUUUAAUAGUUUAAAAAAAUCUGUGUUGUUUUUUUGAAUUUAUGUUAAUGAUAUUUUCUUUGAAAAAAUGUUUAUAAAAUGUCUCCUGUACGACUCCGACAAUGUUUGCGAAUUUCCGGUUCUUACCACAGAUUUAUUGAUUUAUAUCUAAUGCUUUUUAUGUAUUUGUGUUCUGUUUCACACCUGAUAUGAUCAACUCAUGAAAGCGUAGAAAACAUAUUGUCAAACGUAUCCUAUAGCAGAGGUGCCAAAUGUUAAAUAGAGGUACAGUAGUCUGCUAGACAAAGAAAGCACACGGCACAUUUUCUAAUUAUGAAGACAAGUAGUUUUAGUCUAUGCAUGUUACAGUUUACAAAGUUUAAAACUGAGGUGUCCAAAACGACAACAGUAUUGUGUACAUGAAUAACAGCACAAUGUGAAAAUAACAAUUUAUUUUCUACUGUAGAGCAAACAGACCUUGCAGGUAAAGGUUUACACUAAGAAUACAGAAAAGAUAACGGCACAACUAAGUGCGUAGUAUUAGCAUGCAGCAUUCAGUCUUUUACUUGACUAUGACGCAGUAAACCUUUAGAGAAACAUGACCAUCUGUGGCAUUUGGAAACCAUUUAAAACAGACUGCCAAACUAAGCAAAAACAAGACAUUUGAUUACGGUUGUAAUUCUAAGUUUAUGCAACCAAUUAUAAACUGAAAGACUUUUAGCUGCUAUAUGGAAUUACGAGUUUAAAAAAAAAAAAACAUGGUUCUAAACAUUGGAGCCGUUUCAAAAUACAAUUGUAUUCACACACUUUCAUUAUUCAUUUUGCUUUCACUGAUUUUGGCAACUGUACAUGUGCCUUGUUUACAAGAUUUCAGAAUCAAUUGUAGAACUGGAUGCUUAGUCACAGCCUUACGGGCAAACAUUCAUCAUUGUUUUAUGUACAUAAUAUAUAAUUAAAGGUAUGAUUUGACUGUAUCAAUGUGGAAAUCUAUUUGACAUAAAAAGUUAAAUAAACUAUGAGUUAAAUAUA